AUGGCAGAAUCUAUCCAUCUCCGCUCGCGCGUCGAAGACAUUACUGCACACUGGAGUCCCCAACACCUCCUUACCAUUGAUGACUCUCACUCGUUCAAAAUCGCCAAAAUCAAAGGCUCCUUCAUCUGGCACUCGCACCCCCACGCUGACGAAGUUUUCUACUGCGUCAGUGGUGGUCCGAUGAAGAUUGAGCUGUCUACAGAAGCCAAAAGCCCAGAAGAAGCAGACAAACUUGGUGUUAACGAUGUCGUGGAACUGCAGGUUGGAGAUCUCUUUCGCGUGCCCAAGGGAGUGCAGCACAGACCGGUGGCAGAUUCUGAGACGGGUAUUCUGGUGGUCGAGAAGAUUGGAACGGUGAAUACAGGUGACAGAGAGGGCGACAAGAGGACUGUCUAUGUGGAUGAAGGAGAGAAGAAGAAGAGGUGA